AUGGAACGAACCUGUUUCUUCCUUAUGUUAUACUGGCGUGUGAUUUUCGCUAUCUGUUGGGCACUGUUUUGGUUACCUUUCAUCGUAAUAUAUAAUUAUCCGGAAGUUAGAUGCGCGUACAUCAUGUUACUAGUGGCCGGCUACUGGGUGACGGAAUGCCUACCGAUAGGGAUUACGUCGCUAAUCCCAGUGGUGCUAUUUCCGUUGUUCGGCAUACUUAGCACCGAGGAAACAUGCACCUGCUACAUGAACGACACUAUUAUGGUUUUCAUCGGCGGUUUGGUGCUCGCCAUCGCCACCGAGCACUGUAAUUUACAUCUGCGAAUCGCCCUGAUUGUGAUGAGGAUGCUCGGUUGCAGCCACGCGAGAUUACUCGGCGGUCUUUGCACCGUAACCACUUUCAUAUCUAUGUGGAUCGCGAACGCGGCGGCCACUGCCAUGAUGGUGCCUAUCGUCUUUGCCGUUCUUCGUGAAUUGGAGAGGCAAGGGCUUGGAAAAGUGUUUGAUAUAAAGGAGGAUCCGCAAGAUCCGGAAGCUGAACCAGAUAUAAAACCGACAAAAGUGACGAAAGCUUAUCUGUUCGCGGCGGCGUACGCUUCAUCAUUCGGAGGUACUGGAGCGAUCGUCGGUACUCCGACGAAUCUCGCUUUCAAGGGUAUUUACGAAUACAGCUUUCCUGAUGCUGACCCAAUUACUUUCGGCGCUUGGAUGGCUGGCUCGAUUCCGCAAAUGGCCACAAAUUCGUUUCUAUUGUGGUUGUAUUUACGAAUAGCUUUUCUGGGGUAUCUGAGACCGCGCAGCAAAGAUGCCGAAAUGGCGAGGAUCGGUGCUGAAGGCGAGGCAAUUGCAAAUCAGGUAAUAACCCAAUCUCUUAAGAAUUUAGGACCUUUAACGUUUCAUGAGUUCUCUGUCGCAACACUCUUCACGGGAUGUAUAUUCUUGUGGGUGUUCAGAGCUCCUGGAUUCGUUCGCGGAUGGUCGGAAGUUCUGACAGAUGUAAACUUGGCAGACUCAACGCCCGCGAUCUUCGCAUGCUUGCUGAUGUUCUUCAUCCCGAAAGAACCCAUUUUCGUACAUUUUUGGAGCAAGGACCUUUCCAGACGGCCGACAAGACCGUCCGAAGGCUUGAUUACAUGGCAGGUGAUUCAAACAAAAAUGCCGUGGAAAUUGGUGUUUCUGUUGGGCAGUGGCUUUGCUCUCUCGAAGGGCAGCAGCGUCUCUGGACUUGCCAUGAAGAUAGGAUUGGCUCUAGUGCCCCUGAAGGAACUACCUCCCGUGCUGAUGUUGAGCAUUGUUCUUUUUUUCGUCGGUACCAUGACUGAGUUCACUUCGAACGUUGGCACGGCUAACAUACUUCUGCCUGUCGUCGCUCACAUGUGCGUGGCGAUGAGGAUACAUCCAUUAUACUUGAUGAUGCCGGUGACUUUGAUGUGUUCGUAUGCAUUCAGAAUGCCGGCCGGCACACCACCAAAUGCAAUCGUAACCGUCGCAGGCCACAUACAAACUCGGAUGCUAAUAGUGGCCGGAUGCAUUCCCGCAAUGUACAGUCUGAUAGUGCAAGUUAUUCUGUUCCCCACUUGGGGAGCAUUUAUCUACGGCAUCGGGGAAUUUCCGGAUUGGGCAAAACAGCAUGAUAUCAAUCAAAAGCUAUAA